AUGAGUAAAAUUACACUCGAACAACUUCAAGAGCAUGAUGGAGUAAAGAACACUCGUUUAUGGACAGUUCUCUACGAUAAAGUUUAUGAUUUGACGGAGUUUGCCGAUAAGCACCCUGGUGGUCGUGAGAUGAUAGAAUCUGCUUGCGCCCGUGAUGCUACUGCCUUGUUUGAAUCAUACCAUUUAUCAUCCGAAUCAAUUGCAAGAUCCUACCUCAAAGGCACUGGAGGUUCUAUCAAGUAUGUGGGAGAGUUCGAUGUUGAAAGUGCCAAAGUAGGAAAGCUUCCUCUUAAUCAAGAUGAACUACCAAAUGAUGCUGCAAUUAAAUUCACUUUCCAAUCACCUCUUUCUGGCCCAAAGCAAUCAACAAACAAAACAAAUAUUUAUGAAAUUAUGAAACAACGUAUUAGAGAUGAAUUAAUUAAGAAUGAAAGUAGUGGAUUCAAAAAGAACAUAAGAAGAGUUUCAGGCCUUAGACUUUGCAAUGCAAUUUUUAUUUUCACAGGUCUAUUAACUUGCCAAAUUCUCUCUCAAUAUUUUCCAUCAAUCAAUUUGGGAGUUGCAAUUUUAUUGGGUUUAUUAGCUGGUUUAUUCCAUCAUCUUGCAUUGGUUCAUGUAGUUCAUGAUUUAGGUCAUGGUUCUUUCACUGAUUUUCCAACAGUGUGGAGAUUGAUUGGUAAUUUUGGAUCAUAUGUUUUGGGCCAAUCCUUUUAUGUUUGGACCAUUAGACAUAAUGUUGGUCAUCACGUUUAUACUAACAUGAGUGAGAUUGAUCCUGAUGUUGGUGUCUACACUUGGAACAGACACAUUGAUAAUACUCCAUCUUCAGCAACUAAGGCCACUUGUUCAAAAAAUGAAAAGGUUGAUUUGAUUGCUAAAAUGUAUUCUGAACCAAAGGAUUAUACAUCUGUUCCUGUAGAUAUCAUGGCAAAGACUGGUUCUUUUGGAUCAUUGCCUUUCUUGUAUGCUUCAUUGAUCUUUUACAUGCAAAUUGUUGAUUUUAUCCAUUAUUGGACAAGACAUGUCAGUGAAGGUAUUGCAUUUGCCACACCCACAUUUAGCUCUACUACUUUCCAUUUCUAUGGAAGUAAGAUAUUCUUCUUUAUUUAUAGAAUAGUUUUACCAAUCUUUUUAUUUAACAAGACAGGGGGUUUAAUUGGUCGUAAUGUUAUGGAAACUGUUUUGACCUUUAUUGCUACUGAAAUCGUUGCUGGAGUAAUGUUUGGCUUCCUUUCUCAAAUUAAUCAUAUCUCUGAAAAAUGUGCUUGGCCAUCAAAUGCUAUUAAUGAGAUGGUCGAUAACAGCAAUGAAGGCAAUGGUGGAAAUGACGAUUUGGAUUGGGCUGCUAUUCAAGUCACUACCUGCAUUGAUUAUUGUCAUGACAGUUACCUCUGGACAUAUCUUUCUGGUUUUUUGAACUACCAAGUUAUUCAUCACUUAUUCCCUGGUAUUAAUCCAUGGUUGUACCCAAAAAUUUUACCAAUUGUUAAAAAGGUAUGCAAGGAAAACAAUGUCUCCUAUACUAUUUACAACAAAUUUUCUGAUGCUUUGGACAGCCAUGUAAGACAAUUAACAUCAUUCUCUAAGAAGCAAUUAUUGAAAAGUAAAAUUUUAGAUCAUUAA